GCAGUCGCUUCAAAAAUUGCGACUGUUGGGAGUUUCUUUUCUUCUCAUGGCCUCUGCUCAGCAAUCGAACUAAAACCCUCAAAACCCUAAAAACGAGCGGAAUAGAAAACCCCACUUGCAUGUGUUAUGUGAACUUUUUCAAUUCCGGAAGCUGCUCCACUGUUCAGGCAAUUCUUGGCAACAAUUAGAUGCAUCGAAUUGCAGCGGUGUUGAGAAACAGAGCAUUCCAAAGCAGAGGAACGAAUUUAUUGCGCGAUACAAGUAUAUUGAUACCCUCUCGAUUGAGUAAUGGCGUUUGCUCCAGCAAUAGGAACGGGAUUUGGUCGGUCAGGGCGAUGUUGUACAGCUCAUAUACGUUUACUAGGCGAGUUCCUGAUCCGAAUGACCCGGCCACCCUGAUUAAGGAGGAUGGUGUUGCUGUGUGUUCCCAAAUGUGGAUAGAGAAUUUUCGAGAACCUGAUAAGACUGUUACUAAUUUGACAGAUUUUUUAAGGAGAUUUGAGUUGUGGGUGAUGGCUUAUCAGAAGGUAUCUGCUGAUGAAACGGGAGCUUAUAUGCCCCGAAGCUCGAUCACACGUGCUGCGCUUGAGGACUUGUUGGCGUUGCGGAAUGCAGUUCUCGAUGGAAACUUUAAAUGGGGAGCUAGAUUGGAGUUCUUCAUUAAGUCUCCAAAGGACAAGACUGAAUAUGAGUCUUUGUCGAAGAGGAAGAUUAGGGCGAUCAUGACCACUAAACAGCCCCCAGCAUUCCAGGAUAGAGUUGUUCAGGAGGUGCUGUUGAUGAUUUUAGAGCCGGUUUAUGAGGCUAGGUUCUCACAGAAGUCAUAUGCAUUUAGGCCUGGGAGAACUGCCCAUACUGUAUUGAGGGUAAUAAGGAGGAAUUUUGCUGGGUAUUUGUGGUAUUUAAAGGGUGAUUUGAGUUCGGUAUUGGAAGGGAUGAAAGUUGGGAUGGUGAUCAGUGCUCUCAUGAGAGAUGUUAGGGAUAAGAAAGUGAUUGAUUUGAUAAAGGCUGCAUUAACAACACCAGUUAUUACGGGUAAGCCUGAAGAUGGAGAAAAGAAGAAGAAAAAGAAAAGGAAGUAUCAGAAGAAGAGAGUUCUUGCUGAAGACGAGCCGAAGCCCGAUCCAUAUUGGUUGGAGUCCUUUUUUGGAUUUGCUCCAGAGGAGGCUGCGGCACUUCCUUCAUGGGGUCAUUGUGGUAUUCUUAGUCCUCUUUUGGCCAAUGUAUGCCUUGACGAAUUGGACCACUGGAUGGAAGAUAAAAUAAAGGAAUUUUACAAGCCAUCUACAAAUGAUGUCAUAUGGAAUAAUCCAGAUGGGGAGGCAGAACAGGGAAAUACAUCUUGGCCGGAAUUCGUCCCAACAAGUGGUCCAGAUAAGACUCGGAAGAUUGACUACAUUCGUUAUGGAGGUCAUAUCUUGAUCGGAGUUAGAGGACCGAGGGCAGAUGCAGCAACCUUAAGGAAGCAAUUGAUUGAAUUUUGUGACCAAAAGUAUAUGCUUAAACUUGACAAUGAAAGCCUCCCAAUUGAGCAUAUAACUAAGGGCAUUAUGUUUCUUGAUCAUGUAUUGUGCCGAAGAGUUGUGUAUCCCACUCUGCGAUAUACUGCCACCGGUGGGAAAAUCAUUAGUGAGAAAGGUGUUGGGACACUAUUGUCAGUCACUGCUAGCUUGAAACAGUGCAUCAAACAGUUUAGGAAGUUGAACUUUCUGAAGGGAGAUAGGGAUCCCGAUCCACAGCCUUGUUUCAGGAUGUUUCAUGCUACACAAGCUCACACAAAUGCACAAAUGAAUAAGUUCUUGUCAACAAUGGUUGAGUGGUAUCGAUAUGCUGAUAACAGGAAGAAAAUAGUUAACUUUUGUUCAUAUAUCAUUAGAGGCUCUCUUGCCAAACUUUAUGCAGCCAAGUACAAGCUGAGAUCAAGAGCAAAAGUAUACAAGAUUGGUGCUCGGAAUUUGAGUCGUCCUCUGAAGGAAAAGAAGGGACAGUCACCAGAGUAUCACAACUUGUUGAGAAUGGGUCUAGUGGAAUCAAUUGAUGGACUACAAUAUACCCGGAUGUCCCUCGUACCUGAAACUGAUUAUUCCCCUAUUCCAGCAGGCUGGAGGCCAGAUCAUGAGAAAGCCUUGCUUGAAUUCAUAAUGCUCGAGGACUCAAAAACUCUUGAGGAACAGCUUAAUUCUCUUAAAGAGCAAGGUCUGAUUUCGCCUCAGGAUUAUAUAUCUAUGCUAGUAUGGAAUUACAAAAGGAAUGCCAUUUCAGUAGAUCAAUUUUUAUCUACAUCAAGCAGUGAGAGCAGCUUGAGGAGAGGAUCUAGCUUGUUAUUGAGCUCAAAUGAGGAAAACAGUGAUAAUAAGAUUAUGAGUGAUGAAGAUAAGGGCGAAAGCUAUCAUGCAGCACAAAUGUAAGAUGUAUUGUUCUUAUGUUUUCUAGGGUGAGAGUUCUACACUGUUCCUUGUAUAUGCAGAAAUUGUUGUAAUAGAAUCUAAAAAUUUGAGGCAGCUCAAGAGUUCCUGUUAUGUGCUAAAGUCUGCAGAGCAGUGGUAUAGCCCAGUAGCCAGACCAUUCAAGAUAAUAUUGUAUUAAAAUUGGUGGAUUUGAGGAUAUUUUGUUCACGAAAAGAGUGUGAUCCAAUACCUUUAAACAUCUGGUUUUUUUUUGGUUGAGGCAAUUUGAAUCAUUAUACCCCUUUAUUACUGAACAUGUGUUACAAGAUUGAUUAUCAUCCUGUUGCACAGUCUGCCAAAGAGAUGAUACAAUUUGA